AUGUCAUUUCAGAUAGUGAACAAGCACAACGACAACGAACAGUGCGGCUUUGAGUCGGGGGGUCGUCUAUUGGAUUGCCUAUUUUCUCGAACUUCUCCAAGAAAACAAGACAAUGGUCCAUUAAUUGAAAACUGUAUUUAUCGAUGUAAGGAAAAAUUUUCAGGGGGCGAAAAAAUCCGAAAUGGACGGGCAAAUAGCGCUUUCAAUUUACCAACCUUAGAUGUAGAACAUAUGAUAUCCAUCAAAAGCGCGCCAUUAUCUUACGCAUAA